CACACCAGGGUCAAGGUUCACACCUGCACCCCCCAGAGAUGCCAGGGGUCAAAGUUCAGUGCCCGUGACCUGCCACUGACCUCUCCUGCCCCCCAGACUCACAGUAGCACCAUCCCCCCAGCGCGACUCCAUGGACGGACCCAGCGGGGCACCCCCCUACCCCGGGGCUGCCGGGCCCAGAGCACAGCCGCAGCCAGCGCACCGGUGCUGCCCGCUGCCUCCCCGCUGCUCCCUGAGCCCAGGGCAGAGCUGGCUGUGCCGGGGCCAGGGCCAGGGCCAGGGCUGGAGUUGAGCCUGUCGGAGCUGGGCCUGGGUAACUACACGCCUGUGGGGCUGAUCCAGACCGUGCUGGAGUCACUGCACGUGCACCUGGGCCUGCCCUGGUGGGGCGCCAUCAUGGCUGCCACGGCAGUGGCGCGCUUCCUGGUCUUUCCGCUCAUCCUGAAGGGGCAGCGGGAAGAGACAAAGCUCAACAACCAGUUGCCUGAAAUCACACGGUUCACAACCCUCUUAAGCGAGGCCAGGCGCUCCGGCAACCAUUUGCAGUUUGCCAAGGUCAACUCAGACCUCAUGAGGUACCAGCAGGCCAAUUAUAUCAACCCCCUGGCUAUCUUCCUGGGGCCAUUUGUCCAGGCUCCUGUCUUCAUCUCCUUCUUCAUCGCCCUGCGGGAAAUGACCAUCCUCCCAGUUCCCAGCAUGCAAAGCGGUGGCCUGGCUUGGUUCCCAGACCUGACUGCACCGGACCCCUUCUACAUCUUGCCUCUCACCGUCACUGGCUCCUCACUGCUCAUGGUGCAGCUCGGCGCAGAGUCCGGGGUGGAUAUCCCGCACCUGAAGAUUAUUAAGACGGUUUUCCGGGUGAUUCCCUUGGUAAUCCUGCCGCUCACCAUCACCUUCCCCACGGCAAUGAUCACCUACUGGCUGACAUCCAACGUGCUCGCGCUGGUGCAGGUGGGGCUGCUGCGCAUCCCAGCUGUGCGUACCCGGCUCCAUAUCCCCGAGCGAGUGAAGCACAAGCGUGAACUGUUUCCCAAUAAUGAAGGCUUCUUCCAGAAUCUUACAGAUGAGUGGAAGAACAUAUGGAUACGGUGGCACAUGGAGGAGGUGUGCUUGAAGCAGAUGGCAGAAGAGGAGCUACCUGGUGCUGGCAGUGAAAGGACCCCUGCGCCAGACAUUCACCCACAAUCCUGUGAAGCCCCAAAAAGGCCAGACUGACAGUAACACCCCCACCAAGCACCCAUGGAGACCGUGGCAGGAUCUGUGGGACUGAACAUGCUCCCCAGUAACAGCAAAGAGGAUGAGGAUGCCCUACGUGGGACAUCAGAGCUGCCCCCAUCCACCCCCAGCUCUGAGCUUGGGGGGGGCAGGGGAGAGCAGGACUGGGCCAUGGCAAUAAAGGACCUGCAAUGCC